GCCGGUUGAUAACUUGGACUAGACCCCAUUGUGAGAAAAGAAACUGCGUACCGUUUUAACUUCCUGAUAAUCCACUCUAUGACGUUUGGAUUCCUCAAAACAAGAAGGGAUUACGAGCCAAAUCAGCAAAGACCAAACAAAAGCAGAGAUUUCAUUAUCCACUGAGCUUCUUCUGCCACAUAGUCAAAUCCACAAUCUUUCUCUCUAGAGCUAAACCAAAAGAAGAUGGCAGCUUCCUCUUCUCCAUUUCUCCUUUUACCUCUAGCAUCUAGAAACGGUCCAACCCUCAGGACUCCAAGAUGUAUAUCUACAAGAGUCAUCAUAGCUUCAGAAACAAGAGACAAAAGCUGUAAAACCAAUACUCUUUCUAGCCGUAGAGAGGCAAUGCUAUUGGUUCUCGGCGUGUCAGGGCUCUCAAUGAGCUACUCUCAUGCUACUUACGCAGCUGGUUUACCUCCAGAGGAUAAACCGAGGCUUUGUGAAGCAGAAUGCGAGAAAGAGCUUGAAAAUGUUCCAUUGGUAACUACAGAGUCAGGGCUUCAGUAUAAAGAUAUAAAAGUGGGUAAAGGCCCUAGUCCCCCUGUUGGUUUUCAGGUUGCUGCUAACUAUGUAGCCAUGGUUCCUUCAGGGCAGAUUUUUGACAGUUCUCUGGAGAAAGGUCUACCGUAUCUGUUCCGAGUUGGGUCUGGCCAGGUGAUCAAGGGACUAGAUGAGGGACUCUUGAGUAUGAAAGCUGGUGGCAAACGCAGACUCUACAUUCCAGGGCCUUUGGCGUUUCCAAAGGGUCUAGUCUCAGCUCCGGGGAGGCCAAGAGUUGCACCAAACAGUCCAGUGGUAUUUGAUGUGAGCUUAGAGUACAUUCCAGGGCUCGAGUCAGAUGACGAGUGAAACUAUUUUUUUUUUUUUUUUUUUUAAGUUCAGAUUGUAAUAUGAAAUACAUACAUUACUUGCUUUUAUGUAAUGUUUUCUCAUUUCUAUUUCUAUUUUCAUUUUGCUGUAAAAAAAACAGCCUCGGCUUUUCAGUUCCUUCACCCUUACAUAAAAGUUUGGUGUCUCAUUUCU